AUUACCGAACAAAUAUUAAAGUCACCGGACUUUACUUCGUUGCAUUUUACCGGUUCCACGGAGGUAUUCAGGAAGCUAUGGAAAGACAUCGGGAAUAACAUUAAUAAUUACAAGUCAUACCCAAGAAUAGUUGGAGAAACCGGCGGAAAAAAUUUUCACGUCAUCCACGAAUCAGCUGACGUGACAAACGCUGUGAAUCAAACUAUUCGCGGAGCUUUUGAAUAUCAAGGGCAGAAGUGUUCAGCUUGUUCGCGUGCAUAUGUCCCGGAUAAGUUGUGGGAAGAAUUCCGCAGUGAAUUGCUUCAGAAACACGCCACAAUUAAUGUUGGCCCGAUUUUGGCAAUUUUCUGGGACCUCAACGCAAAUGCAUUUGAAAAAAUCAAGUCCUAUAUCGAAUGGGCCGAACAGGAUUCCGAAAGUGAAAUCUUGGCGGGAGGAACUUAUGAUGAUUCCAAAGGGUAUUUUGUACAGCCAACCAUCAUUGUGACCAAGAAUCCCAAGAGCAGAACCAUGGUUGAAGAGAUUUUUGGACCCGUACUGACAAUUUAUGUAUAUAAAACGGAUGAAUACGAACAGAUAUUUGACGUAGUAGACAAAACAUCUAGUUAUGCACUGACAGGAUCUAUAUUUGCACAAGACCGUGCCGCAAUACUUCUAGCUCAAAGUAAAUUACGUCAUUCAUCUGGCAAUUUCUAUGUCAAUGAUAAGUCCACCGGUGCAAUUGUAGGUCAGCAACCGUUUGGUGGUUCAAGAGCCUCUGGAACUAAUGACAAAGCCGGGAGCAUCAAUUUGUUAUAUCGGUUUUCGUCAAUGCGCACCAUCAAAGAGAAUUUCAUCAACAUCGAUGAUUAUUAUUAUCCCUCCAACCUAAUUUAA